GAUGCCACAUUCAUCACUGGGCAAUGGGGCCAGUGAGAGUGACAGAAAGAAAUCGAGGGCUACAAAAAACGAGGGGGGUGUAUAUGUUUUUGUGAAGGUUGGAUCCUAACACAGAGGUACAAUCUGGAUUGUUAGAAGAAACACUGCUUUUCAGUAUGGCUAAAUGGAACUCAAAUCUUAAAUGGCUACUUCUGGUUCACCUCUUGCUGACAGAUGUGGUAUUUGCCAGAGCUCCACUUGGAAAAUACCACCUUUUUGGACUUCAGAGAAGUCUGCGGCCAGUCACUGAGAAAACAUUCUCAUCCCAAUCAUUUUUGUCAGAAUCUCAAAAUGAACCUGGAAUAAUGUUCAUCAGCAAGGAGGCUGAGCAGGUAGAAUCACCAGUGGUUUCAGAUGAAGAACCUGGUCUCCAGCAAGCCCAUCAGCUGGUCUUAGACCUCUCUGCCUUGCUACAAGGUCAGCUGCAUCUUAAAAGCAAUACAAGCUGUCCGGAGCUUGCUGCUGGGGGUUGGAAAGGAAAUGAAUUUUCUCAGGAGCUACUGGGGUUGGCAAUGGUGCCUGUGUUGGUGUCAGCAGGAUGUUUAUUUGAAGCACAAGCAUUGGUAAUGAAGCUCUACACAGUGCUGGGCCAGGAUGAUACACGUGAACUUUUGCAGGACAUACUGGUGCUGAUCAAGAGAGGCAAAGAGAAAGAAGAAAAUCAUAUUGGCAAUCACACCUUUAGAAAUGCAACCCAAACCCCAUUCCCUCCUUCCAUGCUUAGCUCUGAGACACAGCGCCACCUUCUGGCUGUAAUGUUUAAUAUCCACCAACUAGCUGAGGUGGGAGAGAGAGCUGAUGGUUAUAAUGGCAAAGGUGGGCCUAGGGGGCAAUGCAAGGGCUGGAUAAGGGUGAAGGGCACCGAGUUACUAGGGCAGACCGCAGACCAGAUUGGGACUUUGCAUCUUGAGGAGGCACAGCAGGCUUGUCGAAGUUUGGGUCUCCAUUGCGCAGGUGUGACCCAAGAUGGCAGCUCCAGCUCUGGAUCUUAUAGUGUUAUCAUAAGGCCUGGUAGCAGAGUAGUGCCUUCAUCUUCCUCAGAGAGCUGGAUACAGAGUUGCAGGAAUGGGCCUGUACGUUGGCGCAGAAAUGCAGUACCUCAGUGUGCAAAUGAAAAGGAGGAGCGAGUGUAUACUGUGGUGGAGUGGAUUCCUGCAGUCUCUACGCUCUAUAAUCUGGGCACAGCUGUUUAUUAUGCUUCAGUCAACUGCUAUGAGACUGCAAAAGAAAGAGCAAUCCUCAGCACUGUGGAUCUGGGCACUGAUGCCCUCAUGGCUGUAACUGGGGGAACCGCAGGGGUGGCUGGUUAUGCUUUAGGAGCAGGCCUAAAAACUGGUGUAAAGGCAGGGAUUAAAUACCUGCUAAACAGCAUAAAACAGGAGGAAGACCUGCAAAUGAACCAGAACAGCUGGGAGGAUGGAACUCUCUCAAUACAAUAAGACGCUAAGGGGAAAUGAAUAAAGAGAACAUAACAUAAGAAAUAGAAGGACAAUAACACUGCUUCAUUGAACAGUGCUUCAUUGCAAGGAUUUUUUCCGCUUGUACAUUUUUUAUUUAUCAUAUAAUCAAAAUUUGAUUUGACAUGAUAUGACCCCAUUAAAGGUAAGCUCUGUAAAAAUUUUGUUAUCAGUGCCAUUGUAGAAAUACACUAUUCGCAAUCAGCCAUAAUUAAUUUAUUCUGCGAAUGAUAGUGUCCAAUAAGGAGGGGUAGAGAAAUAGUGUUUGACUGCUCAUAUAAUUUUAACAUGUAGCCUACUACUGAUGUGUUUGCAGACUUCAUAUUAUGUGUGUGCACAUAAUAUAACACAAUUUUCAAGAGUACUAUUGAUUUUCUUUACGGGAAUUAGAGAAAAAUUACAGAGUGCACCUUUAAGAAGUGAGUUGUAUGUGUUUGGAUCAUAAGGGCUAAUGUUCACAGUGACAGUUAACAAAAUCAAUCACAAUCAUUCAAUCAUUCACAGUGUAUGAGUAAAGCAAUAAUAUUGAAAGUUAGUAUUCUCAUCUCCUACUCUUUUUAAUUUUGAGUAGAUGAAAAAGAGAUGAUCUACACAUGAAAUGCAUGAACAACUUUAAUCAAGAUUAAUUUAAAUGAUGACAUAUUGUAUGUUUAUUAUGCUUGUUACCAUGGCCAUAGUUAUCACUAAUAACAGUAACACUCAACCAUAAAGUAUUUCAUUGCUACAGUUUAAUCGAAGACAUCCAAAAAAGGUGCAUGAAUAAGAAAUUAUUUUAGUUUGUUUUAACAAAUUUAUUUGUUGAAUGGACCUUAUUCAAGUAGCACCAUAUAAAAUUUUUUACAGGAAUUAAAUCAACACUUUGAGGUAUUGUACUGUCUCUACAACCAGUUUUACUGUUGUUUAAUCCUUUAAUGUAUACCUCGGGUCUUUAGUGAACUGGAACCUCAUUCCACCCCCUGUACCUCAUUAAUUUCACAUACAUAUUAUAUUUCUUACUAAGGUUGGCACUGAUGUGUCCAUGAUUGACUUGAUUUACAGUUGACUUUGCUAUUUGACGAAGAAGCAAUGUGGAAGUAGACUAUAGUAAGUGUAACACCUGAACAGUAUGAUUUGUCUUUUGUCAUUUGGGUGUACUACUGAAAUUAUGUAAUUUUUGCGUCUAUUUCUCAAAAAGUGCCUAAGAAAAAAACAGAUGUGUGAAAUAUGUGUUAUGUGUAGCUCAAUAUGUGUUUGACAGCCAGUUUCAAUGUGGAAGUAAUGAAUCCUGUUCUAUAUUUGUUGCAUCAUCUCUUUGAAAUAUGAAAAAUAAAACAGAAAACAUUCUAAUCCACUACUUUCUAAUUGUCUUGA